UCUGCUGUAAAAUGCUUAAUAUUAGCAGAUUAUGGCGACAUCAUGAGAGUUGAAAUAGAUGGUGCCUCAAGGGAAACAGCUCGGGCGGAUUAUGGGAACAACAGCACAGGUACACUCUGCAGUGUAGAAACACAGGAUCUAUUAGGUGGAAGGAUGGUAUCAGGUUUCAUGGCACAGACUGAUGCAGACAGAAUGGAAAAGUACAGGUCUAAAAUCAACAGUGUGGCAAAACAACAUAACAUUGAUCCAGCUCUCAUCGCUGCCAUCAUCUCCAGAGAGUCCAGGGCUGGAGCAGCACUGACAGAUGGCUGGGGAGACUGGGACACAGAAAGAGGAGCCUAUAAUGCCUGGGGACUGAUGCAGGUUGGUGUUAAUCCAGAUGGAGGUGCACACGAUCCAGAGGGUGAUUGGGACAGUGAGGAACACCUCAGCCAGGCCACCGAAAUAUUGGUUGAUUUUAUUAAAAUAAUCCAGAACAAAUUUCCUAACUGGAGCAGGGAGCAGCAGCUGAAAGGAGGGAUAGCAGCCUACAAUAGGGAUGGUAAAGUCAAGAGCUAUGAAGAUGUGGAUUUAUACACAACACAUGGAGACUACUCUAAUGAUGUUGUUGCCAGAGCUCAUUGGUACAAAGAAAAAAGGGACUAUUAAAGCCUUUUAAAAGCUGUUCAUAAC